CCUUUGCUGGGGCAUGAUGAGGCAAAUUCUAUUGACUCCUGGACCUAACCAGCCCUGGGUAUGUGCAGCUACAAGAUACACAAUAACGUGUCUUUCCUGCUGCUGAAAACAGGCAACUGAUCUAGACGCGGUAGAGUGGUACAGAACCCACCCCGCAGGUUCCUGCUUCCUCCUUCCUUACUGCUGGGGCAAAUGCAGUGCAAUAGACACACUCACGGUAUAUAUGACCGUUUUGCUCAAGAAUGAUCAAGACCUCAGCAAGGGGGAGGAGCUCCUGAGCUCAGUGAAGGCGAAAGUAGUCUAGAACGGUCUAUACCCGGCGGGAAGAGAGGAGGAAGUGCGCCAAACGGCCUGUGAGUGGGCGGAGCAGAUACGCGGGGUUCUUGCGGAGCCAAGGGGCGGAACCUAGAGCCAAAGGCACAGGGGGGCAUUGUGCUGCAUCGGGCACCCUUACUCGGGCGAUUAGCCCCAGUUCCCUCCCUCAAUAAUGUUCCUCAAAGUAUCGGUGAGUCUCCAGGCUGGAUCUUCUUCCCUACAAAGUCCAAGCGCAGACGUUCCCUUCAGGGUUACAGACCUGGAACCAAGCGACGAUGAGCUGGCUCUGCAAGAACUCGAAUCCCAGACGGGUCCUGCCCUGAUGUGGACCUCGCUUACAAACCAAGGUGGCGGCAAAUUCGAAGAAUUGGUGGCUUUUCCCCGAUGUCGUAUCCACCAGGAGGAAGGGAUUGAUAUCUGCUCAGACUUCCUAGGUGGACAGUGUGCCCAGGGGGAUUGGUGCCCACAGCACCAUGCCCUUCUCCCCUACUGGUGGCAGAUUAGGGAGUUGGACGGCGACGUCUGGGAUGAUGUAGACUUUCGUGCCCAGGAUGUCUUCGAGAUGUUGUUUUGUGACCCCAAAAGAGAAGAUGUUUCUGUUUUCUAUCAGAAUUCUUGGUUGAAUAUUAACUUCACCACUAUGGAAGUCUGGGGUCUCCCGCACUUCAAUCGCAUACGGCGUCUUUCUACCGGCACCUCCUCCUUCCGCCCCUUCUUUACCGAGUACAGGUAUUACUAUGAGGCAGCGAAAGACUCCUGGGAAGAGUACAGUCCAGAGCUGGUUAGGCGCAUAGAGAGAGGGCUCGCGAGGGACAAGAAGACAACGAGCUGCUCAGUGAACGGACACAGCUUCUCCCUGCACCUCGCUAUGAUGUAUCAGGUGAACAAGGAUACGGGCAGGAAGAGACGCAUGAGAAAGCGCCCGCUGUUUAGAUCAUUAGCCAUCUUGGCCCCUGAGUUACGGACUCUGCCCAGGUUCGUCCCCUGUAUCAUUCUCAACGACCAAUCAGAUCUGGGGAGCUUGUGCCCAAAGUCUUGGUUUGUUAGUAACGCUUUGUUAAUCUACGAGAAAGUUCCGCUCACCUGUCACCAUAGAGAAUUCUUCCAUAUCUACCAAUACUUCCACUCCACUAUGCCUGAAUCCACCUACAGGAUCUCGGAGAUAUCCCGAAUCCAGAACUAUUUCCAGUGGGAGAGAUACAGCCGGAAGAGAGCCCAUAUGAGGCAGAGUGGGGAUGAGAGGCUGCUGGAGAGACAUUUGUUCCAUGGGACGGACCCCGGCUCGGUUGAGGCCAUUUGCAGGCAGAACUUUGACCCCCGCGUGAGUGGGAAGAACGGGGCAGUUUACGGCCAAGGAUGCUACUUUGCUCGGGACGCCAGUAACUCGCACAAGUUUACCCGGGGCAGUUUGCAGGGGCAUCACUUCAUGUUCCUGGCUAAAGUGCUGGUGGGGCGCCCGGCCCUAGGCCACGAAUCAUUCCGCCGCCCCCCACAAAUAACCCCCGAUGAUCCGUGCAGCCCCCUCUACGACUCCUGUGUCUCCUGUAACUGGGACCCCUCCAUCUUUGUUAUCUUUGAUAAUGACCAGUGUUUCCCAUAUUUCCUCAUCAAGUAUCAGAAGGUGAAAAACAGCGUCGUCCUCUGGGAAUAACCUUCCAUUGGAAAUCUGGUUGUUGGGGGGGUCACUGACCCUAGCAACCCAAAAGCAGAUCGACGGUGAGACUUUAUGUUACUGUUUAUUCUCAUUUUGCAUUGGUUUUAAUUGUAGUCAGGCCUUUUACUAUGACUCCCAGCUGCUUCCUAGUUGGCAAGGGAAUUAAGCCCUAGCAACCAAAUAUUGCUACCUCAGGGGCCCCAAUUAUUUGUCCAUUGGUCUCCUGUGUCCCCUGGGUGGUGACUUUGCCAGCAAAUAGAAUGGGACCCCUGUAGAAUGUUAAUUAACUGUACGUUAAUCUGGUUGCUAUGUUCCCACCUGUUGUAGCAACCAGGCAGAUGUCUAUUACAUCAUCUUGAUAAAAAAAAAUAAGCUAUUAAGAUAAAAUCUGUUUUCUGGUUGCUGGGGGUUACUGACCUUAGCAACAAGAGCAGGAAGGCAUAUUAAUUGAACGUCCCCUUUAUUAUACAGCAGUUAUGAUUGAGAGAAUGCCCAGUGGGCCCGGUCGGGUUUUCUCACCUGUUAAUAACGGUUAUACGAGAUGCAGAAUUGGGGCGGAGCAUAUAUAUAAUAUAUGCGCACAUGUUAAUAUUAUUGAGCGUCAAGUACAGAUACAAAUAAUGAUUGUUGUAUGGGAGCAACAGUGGGGGUAACACUGAGAU